UCUAAUCUCUUUCAUUAUCUAUACUCUUCUCUCUCUCUCUCUCUCUCGCUUUCUCUCUCUCCUUCACUCUAACAUUUAUUUCCUGUGGACACUUUUUUUUGAAUCAGUUUUCCCAAAUAAGUGUUCCUCUAUCUGCUGUUGAACAAUCUCAGAACCAGGGACUUCUUGCCAAGUGCCAAAUCAAGUUCAAAGAUAUUUUUCUUUGGAUAAAACCUGCUUCUAUGUCUUCGUGAUAAUCACAAUAUAGACUUUGCUUCUUGACAAGAGUGUCAUAUCACAAAAUGUGAUAAUCACAAUAUUUGUAUGAAUUUGGGAAGUUGAUGGUUCAGUUUUCAAUUAGCUAUCUUUCCUUAUAAGAAUCAACAAGAGUUAAAGUUUGUAGCUUCCUGGAAACUACUGCAUUGUUCUUGAUUAUAAAUUGGGUUUUCUUAGCUCUUCUGGGUUCUGACUUCUGCAAUGAAAUUUGGACUUCUUGAACACAUGUUGUAGUCUUUUUCAAUUGGGUCUUGCUCUGAGGAUCAAAUUUGAUCACUACCAGAAUUAACUUCAAUAACUUCCGAAAGGACCAAAACUAAUCAACUGUAGAAUGACCGAAAGUGGUUUAUGUUCUGCAAUGCCUGAAACGGAUAUUAUAGCUUUAAAGGAAACUCUUCAAUCUCAACAAAAUCUUCUGCAAAAAUUGUACAAUGAAUUGGAUGAGGAAAGAGAAGCCUCAGCUACAUCAGCUAGUGAAGCUCUAUCGAUGAUACUGCGUUUGCAAGGAGAGAAGGCUGUUGUGCAGAUGGAAGCAAACCAAUAUAAGAGAUUGGCAGAGGAAAAGAUGUCUCAUGCUGAGAAUUCUCUUUAUGUUUUUGAAGAUCUAAUCUAUCAGAAAGAAAUGGAAAUUUCAUCUCUUGAGUUUCAAGUUCAGGCUUACAGGUGCAGACUUCUUAGCAUGGGUUGCAAUGAUUUGGGUGACUAUGAAUGUAAAUUUCCGGAGAAUCUAGUUUUGCAAAGAAGUGAUUCAUGUAAGGUGGAAAUGGGUGCUAAUAGCAAUUUAAGAAGAUUACACUCUCUGCCUCCAAUUCAAGUAAAAGAACACUAUCAGAAGAAAAGUAAUUUGGAAAAAGAAAGAUCUGUGAUCCCCAUGUCAGAUUGGAGUCCAAAGAUAGGGAAGCAAAACACUGACCAGAAUGUUAAAGUUCAAAACUUGGAUUUAGAGAAAAAUUCAGGAAGUCCUAUUUUUGUAACCUCUGAUUCGUACUGGGAGCAGAUCAAAAAGUUAGAUGACCGAGUGAAAGAUAUAUCGGGUGAUAAAGUUUCUGUUAGAGAAAAUUCAUUUAACUUGAAGGAAAAGUACAGCCCCCGUUCAUUACUUCCACAAGUAAGUAUUGACAAAUUCCAUGGCACAAAUAAAGGAGAAAGUUUUACUAAUUUUGAGAAAAUUAAACUUCAUGAAAAUAUACAGGAAAGGGAGGCAAUAGUUAAUUCUUCUUGUACCUCAAGUGUCCAGGAUAUUUUUGAAGUCCCACAAAGUACUGAGAAUCAUAAUGCAUACAAAGUUCAGAAGAAAGAACAAAGUAAGUUGGUUUUGGAAGGUGAGAACAGGCCUAGAAAGCCAGAUUUGGUCUCUGAGGAUAGCUCUGGAUUGCAUAUUACAGAUGCAACAGAUAAGAUAAAGAAAAUGUUGCUUUUUGCAAACCACGAUAACAAAAUACCUAAACCAAGAGAUGGAUUAAGUGAUGACUGCAAUGCAGCUCUUGUUCAGCCAACAAUAGGUGAUGUAGAGUCUCAGGCCAAGCUUCAACAACUGUGUCACAGAAUUGAGCGGCUCGAGGGAGAUAGAAACUAUAACAGGCAAGAAAUUACUGAGGAAGGGGAAGGGCAGUUGAAGUUGUUAAAGGAGAUACAAGAUCAACUUAAUGUGAUACAGACUGAGUUGGGAAGUUUGAGACCUAAGAAAUCCCCUCCACAAGAUGACCAGUUGAGAAGUUCGAGAACUAAGAAAUCCCCUCCACAAGAUGACCAGCCUCUACAUUUUCUUUCUGAGGCAUUGCUACAUUUUUGGCUUUAAGAAAUCAAUUGGAACCUUGAUAUGUCACAGAUCAUUGAUUUCAGACAUGCUUGGCACAAAGGAAUCAGUAAGAGUAUCUUUGAUCUUUCAUACAAAUGGCGUGAACCAAAUUUUUUUUUAGGUUUUUGGAUUUAAUUUGAAUGACUUCCAUACAAAAUAUAGAUUUUAAAAGAUUUUCAUACAGUACAUUGAAACAUAAAGAAAGAAGAGUGGCUUUCAGAGGAUUGUAUAGGGCAUGUUUUUUUUUGAGCUUGAGAUAUAGGUUGUAAGUAACACACAUACCUUGAUCUGAUUUGAGAGUUGAGAGUGCUUUGUGUUCAAACAAAAUACUGUACUUUUUGUAUCAUAUUAAUGAAAAAUGGUUGUAUUCAACAUUCUUUAAGGGAAUCUUUUCUCAAAUUUUUAUGUUUA